CCCCGCCUGGGCGCGGGGCCCCGGGCGAGCUGGGGUGCGCACGGCUUCGCGAGGAGCCGGCAUGGAAACGGAAUCGUUCCUCGGAAACACCCUAUGAAAUCCCAGAGCACAUACCAAUGGAAGGCCCUUUGCAAACCUUCGUUCACGUGUGCCAUGAAAAUGGUCAGUGGAUGUCACGCUUACCAGAGAAGCUCUGGGAUAUUCCCCUCUAUAACUUAGCACUUCCAGGGAGUCACGACACUAUGACCUACUGUUUGGAUAAAAGCUCUGCUGUUAGUGGCAAUGAGUCCAAGCUGGUGAAGUUUUUAAACAAAUGUCUGCCCUGCAUUGUGCACCCCAUUAUCAUGAAGUGGUCUAUAACACAGGUCCUGACUGUGACGGAGCAACUUGAGGCUGGAGUUAGAUACCUGGAUUUUAGGAUCGCCCACAAGGCUAAUGAUCCUUCUAUGAAUUUGUACUUUGUGCAUAUGGUUUACACAACUGUUACUGUUAAGGAUAUUCUGAGGGAAAUAUUGAGGUGGUUAGAAACUCAUCCUCAGGAAGUUGUUAUCAUAGCCUGCAGGAAUUUUGAUGGAUUAACCAAAAGACUUCAUAAUCACCUUGUUGCCUGUAUAAAAGAGAUUUUCCAGUGUAAACUGUGUCCUAGAAAUGUGGUGCCAACACUGCGGACCAUGUGGCACCUCGGCCAUCAGGUUAUAGUCUCAUAUGAAGAGGAGGUGGAGCUGGGAAAGCACUGUGAGCUGUGGCCCCCCAUCCCAUACUGGUGGGGAAACAAAACAUCCACUCGUGCUCUUAUCCGGUAUUUGGAGCUCAUGAAGCGCGUGGGCCGGCCAGGAAAAUUCUUUGUGGCAGGGAUUAACCUUACUGAAAAUUUAAGGUAUAUUCUUGUACACCCAUUUGGUUCAUUGAAGAAAAUGACACUCCAGAGUCUUCCAUGUUUGAAAAUAUGGAUAAGGCAGCAGUAUCCAGGACCAAAAAAAAAAUGUAUUAACAUCAUUGCUGGAGACUUUAUAGGAAACAAUGAUUUUGUCAAAGAUGUGAUAGAACUUAACACAAAAAUUAAUCCUCCAUUGCACUGUCAAAGUGAACUGGAACAAAUAACAUUUAAUUCUCAUCUUCUUAAUCUGUGAAAAGUAAACAAAGCUUUGUCUGCAUUUAUUGUGCCCUGCUGUAAACAUCCUGACUCUCAUAAAGGUCCAAUUAACUAAAACCAGGAAUGUCUUAGUAGGAAAAGGUCUCAACAUCAUCAGGGUUUUGAGGCCUUUGGACAGAAAAGAGGGCAGGUACCUUGCUGAAGGCUCUAGAGAACUAUGGCAUAGGUGUAAUUUUUUUGGAGAUGCUUUGAUUCUGUAGCAGCUGUCAUUACUGAAAGUCCCAAGAACUCAAUCUUACUUUACAUAGGACUAAGAAGGAGGAAAAUAUCAGUAGUUGCAUGAUUUAUUGGUAAGAUGUUCUCAUUCUGACAAUUGUAAGGAUAUUCUGCACUACUUGCCACCCAAAUUCUUACUCUUUUAUAUCAGUCUGAAAUUGACUUGUUGGUUUUCAUAGUUUCUGUUAAACAAAAGGAACAAUUAAAAAUAUUUUUGAUGUAUCAGAGAUGCUGCACUGACAAUCAAGUUUGAAAUUAUUUUUAUAUACAUACCAAUGUGCUAAGUAUCAGUUGUGAGCUACCUUAAGAACAUGAUAGCUCCAAAAUUAUUUGGAAUUUUUAAGAGGUAAUUGAAUUUGCACUUAAUCAUGCCAGUUCUGCAGGGAUAAAGAUACCAAAAUGAAGCCCUUACACAGUUUGUCUGUGGUAGUUAAACAUUUUACUAGGUGUUGACUAAGUAUGCCUUACAAUGAAAAUAAACAAGAGGAAACAAAUUCCUGAUCUUAACUUGAACUGCCCUAGAAAUACAGAUUCUUGGCUUCUAUCAUGCUCAUUUGGGGUUUCACACCUGGUCUUUUAUUUAGCUAUUUUAGUAGCUCUGUAAUUACUUUUCCUCUCACUAAGUAGUUUUUGUGUAUGUCAAAACUAAGAGGUUUAUGCUAUUUCCCAUCACAUACUAAUUCUGUUUUUCUAAAUGAACUGUGUAAUAACAGAUCAUCAUGAAGGCAAUAGAAAUGUCAAGCAUCAGCACUAAAAUAAAACCACUUAUUGUGUAAAGUUCACUAUGCAACUUCAUCCAUAUACCUCACUAUUUAGAUGCACCUUAUAUAUAAAAACUAAAUUCAGAUGUCUGCUAAUGUUUGCAGAAGUUUUUCUGCCUAUCUUUUGUGCCCUCUUUUGUGUCCUUGUUAUUCUCAAUAAAACUUGAUCUCUCUCUGUAA